ACGCGCUCUCUCCUUAGAUUUGUCUCCGUCCUCUCCACCUCUGGUUUAAGCAGGAUCAGAGUGUGAGGACUGGCACCAAUAUCCUAAUCUGGGGUUAGGGUUAUCCCUAAUCCUCCCUAAUCCGGAUACCAAUAAAAUCCCCAAUUCGAUUUUCCAAUUCGAAGUUGAGAGAAGCAAGAUGGGCGUGAAUUCGGUAUCGUCGGACACGAACAGCGAUCUCAACGAGCAGAUCGAGCAACUCAUGCAGUGCAAGCCACUCUCGGAGCAACAGGUGAGAAUGUUAUGCGAAAAAGCAAAGGAAAUUCUAAUGGGAGAAAGCAAUGUUCAGCCUGUGAAAAGCCCAGUGACAAUUUGUGGAGAUAUUCAUGGGCAGUUUCACGACCUUGCAGAGCUUUUCCGAAUUGGAGGGAAGUGUCCUGAUACCAAUUACUUGUUUAUGGGAGAUUAUGUGGACCGCGGCUAUUAUUCUGUUGAAACUGUGACGCUCUUAGUGGCCCUGAAAGUGCGUUAUCCUCAGCGAAUCACUAUUCUCAGAGGAAACCAUGAAAGUCGCCAGAUUACUCAGGUUUAUGGGUUUUAUGAUGAGUGUCUCCGAAAGUAUGGCAAUGCCAAUGUUUGGAAGAUCUUCACUGACCUUUUUGACUACUUUCCACUGACAGCAUUGGUCGAGUCAGAAAUAUUUUGCCUGCAUGGUGGAUUGUCCCCUUCAAUUGAAAACCUUGAUAACAUAAGGAAUUUUGAUCGUGUUCAAGAGGUUCCACAUGAAGGGCCGAUGUGUGAUCUGUUAUGGUCUGACCCAGAUGACCGAUGUGGUUGGGGUAUUUCGCCUCGCGGUGCAGGAUAUACUUUUGGCCAGGAUAUAUCUGAACAGUUUAAUCAUACAAACAAUUUAAAGUUGAUUGCAAGAGCUCAUCAGUUGGUCAUGGAUGGAUUCAACUGGGCACAUGAACAAAAGGUGGUUACUAUAUUUAGUGCACCUAAUUAUUGCUAUCGCUGCGGGAACAUGGCUUCUGUUUUAGAAGUCGAUGACUGCAGGGGCCAUACCUUCAUUCAGUUUGAGCCAGCUCCGAGGAGAGGAGAGCCAGAUGUUACCCGUAGAACACCCGAUUACUUUCUUUGAAACUACUGCAUUGGUGUCAUUUAUUUUGUGGUUCUUCCACUCUUCCACGAUUGGGGUAGCACAUUGUUUUUGCACAAGAUGACUAUUGGGUUUGCAAUCUAGGUCAUAGGAUUCCAAGACCGAUGUAAAAUACACAGGUAAGGUGCCUGCUGAUUUGUCUUACACUAGAACGUUGCUGGAUUUCCCAUCGAAUAGUUCGCCUAGCUGUUGACUCAUCGUAAUUAUUGUAUCAUAUCCAGCAGCAGAAGAUGUGGAUAUCCUUUUUCGUUUUUGUAUUUUCGUUCUUUUUCGCCUUGUACGUUUUGCUCACCCUUCCCAUGGGUGCAUGGGACUUUAUUAUUAGUGGAUGUUUUGCUCUUUUCUUCGA